GGCCAAAGCCACCUGGUCUCUCAGGGCGCUGGCACCUGAAAUGAACACCCUGUUGUCUACUGGGAGAGGGUAAGCAGCGGUAACCUUUGGCCCUAGAUCCAUCCCGUGGCACAACCUUCUCUACAACAUCAUCUACACUUUGCAUCACGCGCACCACGCCGGCAUUUUAAAGGUGCUAGCACUUGGCUCUUCAACGCCACUACAUUUCUUUUCUCAAAAGCCAUUCUUUACUUUGCCUAUCUCGAGCCGGUUAUCUUACAAUGGCCGCACAACCUCCACCCUUCCCUGGUGGGAUGCCCAUGCCUGGGCAGCAGCCGACACCAGAACAGAUUGCAGAGCUGCAACGCCGCAUCGCCGAGGAUGCUCAGCGAGCCGGCAUGACGGUGCCUGAAUUUAUCGAACACAUCAAGGAGCAACGUAUGCGCGCAAUGCAGCAGCACGCCGCCCAGCAACAAGCUGCUCAACAAGCGGCCGCUCAGCAAGGACAUGAACACAGCCACGAGGGAGGAGACCAUGGCCAUGACCAUGGACACGACCACGAUCAUGAUGGUCACACACAUUCUCACCCCCAUCAGCAGCAGGGUCAGCCCCAACCGAUCACCCCGGGCCCUCCUAACCCCAAGGCCAUCGCGCUCGCAAAGUUCCUGAAGAGCCAGGAUCUGAAGCCCAGAACCGUUAUUCUCAAUGGUGAACGAAAGGACAUGUUCCGAGUCAAGCGUGCUCUCCGCGCUCUCCAGACCCCUGCGUACGAGAAGGCGCGCAAGAAGAACCCUCUGCUGCCCGAAGUCACCGACCGUGCGUCUCUCGAGAACACAUUCAAGCUCCUGCCCCUCAGCAUGUUGGCGCUCCGCGUCAACAAGAUUGAGCCCGCUGUCGGCGAGAACGGAAAAAAGGCCAAGCGUGUCAAGGGUCAAUGGAACGUCCGAAUCGAGCAACAGCAGGACGCCGCCGACGACAUGUACUACAUCUGGCUCUGGGAAGGCAGCCAGAUUAAGCGCCAGCUCUACGCUGCCCUCGCCCUGGUUAUCAUUUUCGCCAUCGUCUUGUACCCUCUCUGGCCAUUGAAGCUGCGACAGGGUGUCUACUACCUCAGUUGGGGUCUCCUGGGUCUCCUUGGUCUCUUCUUUGCCAUGGCCAUCUUCCGUGUUAUCCUGUUCUGCAUCACCUACUUUGCCGUCCCCCCUGGUCUGUGGCUUUACCCCAACCUCUGGGAAGACGUCUCCUUCAUGGACAGUUUCCGACCGGUCUGGGCAUGGCACGAGACUACCAAGCCUAAGAAGAAGAAGAAGUCCGCUGCCAAUGCUACCAACGCCACCGUCGCUGCCGCAGCUGGUCAAGUAGGACCUACAACUGCUACCACAACAGGAACCGACACGCAAGUAAACACCGGCCUCCAGCAGCGCUCAUAUCACGCUCCUGCGGUCGGGGAGCUCGGAGAUGAUGAAUAAGCUAUUCUAGCAACAAGGUCGAAUUUUAUUUCAAAAGCACAAAUGUCAGCACGGUUAAUGGAACAGUGUGGAGGAGUAAACGGGAUGAUCAUGGGUGGAACGGGUGUAGCAUAGACUGUAACCUAUUUACGGGACAAAUUUAUUAUGUUUUGUAAGAAU